UGUGUAAUUUGAGCACAACAGUCGAAGUUUUGUAAUCGCGAGUUAGCUUUUGUUGUUACACGCCUUUGGUUUGUACGGCGAUGUGUGUUUAGUUAAAUAACGGUUGGAUUUGGUAAACAUAUAUUAGAAUGACCAAAGAAAAGCGACACAAGAGAAGGGAAUCACCGGAGCGGGAGCCCAAAGUUAAGGUAAAGCAGGAGGAAGUGAGCCCCGUUAGGCCACAGACAUCGCGCCGCUCGAGGUCGAGAUCCAGCGGAAACUCAAGUCCCCCGAGGAGACGAGCGAGCAGAUCGCCCGCCAGGACGAGGGAUCGUUCACCAGCUCGAAGAGAGACAUCUCCCGUCAGACGAGGCAGCAGAUCUCCCAGAAACAGAAGAAGUCGCUCUCCCCCACAUCGUGGUGCUGAUGUCAAAAUAAAGCGGGAGCGGGAGGAGCAUCGGGCCAGUGGUGAUGAGCGGCGGAGAAGGACCGAUCAGCCAGAGGAGAGGCGGAGCAGGUGGGAAUCAGACAGACCGCGGGAGAGAGACAGCGGCAGAGACAGACCGAGAGAGCGAGGCGCACUUGGCUCUCAACAAGCUGAGAGGCAGCAGCACGAUGAGCGGCGCAGAGAAAACCGCCAGCGGCGCGAAGAAACCCAAGAACAAGAUAUGGGAGAGUCUGAAGGAGGGAGUGACCCACCUGUUGAUAAAGAGAAGCCCAACUUUGGACUGUCGGGGGCUCUAACAGAAGAUACAAACACAUUCCGGGGGGUGGUGAUCAAGUACAACGAGCCACCCGAGGCCCGCAUUCCUAAGCGCAGAUGGCGGCUGUACCCCUUCAAGAAUGAUGAGCCCCUUCCAGUCAUGUACAUUCACAGACAGAGUGCCUAUUUGUUGGGGCGUCAGCGAAAAAUUGCUGAUAUCCCCAUUGACCACCCAUCCUGCUCCAAGCAACAUGCAGUGUUCCAGUAUCGACUGAUGGCGUUUACACGUGCAGACGGCACCGGUGGCCGCAGGGUAAGGCCUUACAUCAUUGACCUGGGUUCAGGCAACGGCACCUACCUGAACAAUCAGCGCAUCGAAGCCCAGCGCUAUUACGAGCUCAAAGAAAAGGAUGUCAUCAAGUUUGGCUUCAGCAGCCGCGAGUACGUCCUCCUGCAUGAGUUUUCAGAUACGAGCGAGGUGGACGCCAAGCCGGAGGGGGAGGAGGAAGACGACGAGGGUCUCGAUGAGUAAAUUGUUUUCCAUAAACUACAUUUCCCAAGUUCCUUCAGAUCGCACAACAUCACCGUCACUGUUAAACAAAAUAGCUGUUUCGGCAGGGAAUGGAACCGGUAAAUGUGGGACUUUAAUACAAUUAUGGAACAAGGCUGGUUUGUAUAAUCUGUAAUUACUGAACUGUUGCUUAAACCUGCCACAACUGUCUCAAAGAAGACUUCCUAUUCUCAGGUUGAUUGUGUAAUGUCUGUGUGACGCGUGACUGAUCUCACAUCUGACAGUGCUCACAAUACAAAGUGCUCGGUGCCAGAUAAAGAUACCUUGCUAAAUACAAUAGUUAAUUAUAUAUUUUUGGAUCACAGCACUCAGUACAAAGUUGAACAGGAGACUAAUCUCUUGUCUAUGUCCCAGCUGUAUAUGUCAAUGUACGAUACGUGGAAUGUCAAUCGCAUAUUGUCAGAGUAAAACAUUACAGACAUACAACUUGUAAUGAUAUUGCCUUUUUCUUUUUUUUGCUUUUGUAGUGCAGGGGAAGAAAUGGGUGAUGCUGUUAUGCGUUUCCUUGCACUAAUGCUGUGUGUAUUUACAGUCUUAACCUUUUUAUUUUUCUGUUCUGAAGCCGACAGCAUUCAUAGUCAAUUUUCAUUCAUGUACUGUAAAUAAAGACAGUGAAAAUUUG